AUGUGCAUCAAUGAUGACACAAGUCUGCAAGAGAUGUUCUCAAUCUACUAUCAAGCCCAAUCACGAGUAUUUGUUAUUGAGCUGUACGUGGAGUUUGACCAAUUACCGAAUACGGUGGAACAAUAUGAUCAUGAUUUCGAUGGGGAAAGUUAUAACGAUGAGGAACAAGAGGACUGCACCAUUGAGUCGGACGUCGAAGACGUCCCAAAUGCACUAGUGAGUGAGCAUCCAUUCGAAGAACCGUCUUUCAUGCGCGCUUUGGAUCUCGAUGCCAUGAAUGCUCCAGAAUUUCCGGAGUAUGCCAAUGUAGAUCCACCUGUGGUCAAGGAUGGUGAAUUUGUCAUAGGGAUGGAAUUUAAUUCUAGAGAGGCUGUGAUCAAGGUAGUUAAAGAUUAUACCAUUCACAGAGGUGUUGAUUAUCAGGUUUUUGAGUCUGAGCCGACGACAUUUUACGCGAAAUGUAUGCAGUAUGGGCAAAGCUAUGAUUGGCUUAUCAGGGUUAGCUUGAUGCGAAGAAAGUAUUGUUGGGAGAUUAGACGAUAUAAUGGCAGCCAUACUUGUACUAGAGCCACUAUUUCUCAAGAUCAUUCGAAGUUGGACUCAGACACUAUUGCAGAUGCAAUUAAGCCAUUGAUAGAGGCCGUCGAAUAUGAAACGUUACCUUGCUACCGCGGGGAUGAAUUGGCUCAGGAUGUCAGGGUUCUAAACCGAGUUUUCUGGAGUUUCUACCCAUGUAUAAGAGCAUUUAGGCACUGCAAGCCGGUUGUACAGGUAGAUGACACACAGUUGUAUGAAAAAUAUAAAGGAGCGUUGUUGGUCGCAGUUUCUCAAGAUGGUAACAACAAUAUUGUGCCAAUUGCAUUUGCGCUUGUAGAGGGGGAGACAUCAGAUGCAUGGUUCUUUUUCCUUCGUCAUUUGCGAACCCAUGUGGUGACGAAGGAUGGGGUGGGACUUAUCUCUGAUCGACACGAGUCUAUUAGGUCAGCAGUUUCUCGUUGUGAUGGAGCAUGGGAGCCGCCAAGGGCCAGACACAUAUUUUGCAUUAGGCACAUAGCAUCAAACUUCUUGAGAAAGUUCAAGGCACCGUUCAUGCAAAAGCUUGUGGUGAACAUAGGUAAUUAA